UGUUAAUUUUGAACCCUUUGCAGUCGCAAAUCUAGGCUACAAUGGGUAGAAAAUGUUUCACCAAAUUCCAUAACAAAGUUAAUUUGUUUACAGCAAACAUCAAACCUUUCCGACAUUUACGGUACAUAUUUUAAUUACUGGCUUUCGCAUCAUUGCGCUGCAUGAUAACAAAAUUCCAUUUCAUGUUUUUGCGGCAUCUUCACUCAAAUGUCUGAUGAAAUCAUAACUUGAUCCACUUUUGCUUUUGCUCAUGACGUUAACACGAGUUUCCGCCGUUGGGGAGUUUACACUGCAGCGACUGCAGCUCCUCAAAUGCAAACAAGCGGGGACUUAGAAAAGUGGGAAGAGGGAACAAUUUGGGGGGAAAGGAGCAAAAAAAUGUACAUGCAUUUAUUACAAUACUAAUGCUUUAACAUUCUUUAUCAUGAAUAGCAUGAGAAGUGGGUAUAUGAGGGUGAGGCCAAGCUACUGACGGAAAAGGCAGAUUAUUCCAGGAAGGCUUAACUGCUGAUGACAUGCAACAGGGUACGCAGCAGUGUGAGGGGUUAAGGUGAUGCCUUUUUGCCUCGCUUGGUUUCAACCACACUGUUCACCUCACUCUCAUAGCCAUCACCACUCUCAUGCAGACCCCUGAGAAUGCAUGCUGCAAGAUCGAAAGAGCACGCACACACUCAUAUGCGUUGACAGCGUUUCAUGUGGCAGCUCCUGUUAUUUAGUGGUAUGUGAGAUUGGGUUUACUGAAACUCAUUUUCUGCUGCAUCACUGUUUACAAACACUCGAGCAAACCUCCAGAUGUUCUAGAUGCAGUUAAAUGUUUUGCAUAUGAUGAUUGAAACUAAAUUGUUCAGGAUUUUGGCACAUUUUCAGUUCAGUUCAACCUAAGGAAAAAAAAAAAAUGCUCGCCAAACGUUUGCAUUCUCUCUAGUUUUGUGUUCUCCUGAGAAUAUUUUCUGUUUGUUUGCAGAACUCAAUGUUUUUGUGUUCCCCAGAGAAACAGGAACGUUUGUGUUCAUUUGCAAACUUUUUGCGUUCGCUCUCAAAAACAUUGAAAUAUAGUUUUUCCUUACAUUUUAUAGUAUUUCCACCAUCAGAUUUAGCAAACUCAAAACUUUUGAAUAAGAUUUUUGAAAGUAAACGCAAAGUUUUUCAGAAGCAGUGUUGGGGAAAGUUACUUUUAAAAGUAAUGUUACAAUGUGGCGUUACUCCCUAAAAAAGUAACUAAUUGCAUUACUUAGUUACUUUUUAAGGAAAGAAAUGCUUUAUGUUACUUUUGCGAUGGGCUUGCUGGUUUGUUUUUAAUAAUAAUUAAAAAUGUAUUUGGCAUUUUGGCAAAUGUAAAGGCCUUUUCACACCAAGGGCCAGAUUUACUAACAGCUUGCACCAGCGCAAACCCUAUUUUGGCAUUAAAAAUCUACUGUCGGGAUUUACUAAAGACACACAGUGCAAAAUUAGCGCUGAAAAGAGUUGUUUUUGUGGCUGACCAUAUUGCAUAUGCAUUUGUAGGAGUUUCCCUUUCAGACGCAAAAUUUAUGGGAGGAGAGUAUUUGAAUGAAUCACGCAAUGCGAUUUACUAAUGUUUGUGCUAGUCAAUUUACUGGUAUUUGCGCCAUUAUUUAACGUCCAAAAAAAGCAUGUCUUAACCCAUUUUGCGACAUGGCUGCAAUUGUUGCUGCUAGGAGAAGACACUGCAGAGAACAGAGAGCGUGUGGUAGAAGGGAGAAAAUAUUUUCCACUCGUAUUAAUUUCUUUGGAAUGCCAGAGGAAGACGUUAUUAAUAUAUUACAUGUAAGUUGCGCCUGUGUCGACCCGCACCUGAUGAGCAUCAGCUCUGCUUAUUUGCGAUCCAACGCUAAUUUGCGCUGCUCUUGGUAGAUUGCGUUGGUCAUUAUGUAAAUGAUUUGAUUGCGUCUGUGUUCUUUAAUUUGUACGUCAGCAGUACAUCACGUGCAAAACUUGCCACUCCCAUCGGCGCAUUUGUGGAAUUGGGCGCUCACGCUAAUUUGCCCCAUUUAGUAAAUCUGGCCCCAAGUGAAUAAGCCUAAAGCUGAAGGAAAUGCAUACGGUAGAGGGUGCAGCUCAAACAAACAGAAUCGGCUGCAAUUCUGGACUGCAGAAGAAUAGGGCAGGAGAAGAAAGUUCAACACUCUUACUUAACAACAAAAAAAUGAAAUCCAAAUGUGCUGUUAAUCUAAAGUCAUUUUUGCUUAUUCUUAUGGUUGAAUUGGAUCAUCGAAGGUCAGCAGCAAAGACAUUGGUUAAUAAAGUGAGAUUAAAUACAUAAAGUAUAUUUGUGUAAUUUAGCAUUUAAUUAUCGCAGGUUUGCAUAAUAUUCUGCAGUAUACUACAAUAACCAUCAUGUUCACACAGCGCACACAACACCUCUGCACUUACUCCCAAUUUCUCUCAACAUGGGGUCAGGAGAGCUGUGAGUCAAGAAAUGGGAAAACAAAGUAACUAGCAUUACUUAUUUGAAAAAGUAACUCCGAUAUUUUGUUGUAAAUUUAAAAGUAAUGUGUUACUUUACUAGUUAAUCUGAUUACAUUUCUGAUAUGUAAUCAGAUUAACUAGUAAUCAGAUUAACUAUAUGUAAUCAGAUUAAGUAAUCUGAUUACAUAUCUCGCAUUAUCACCAACACUGCACGGGAGAAUGCAAAACAUUUGCAAUCGAACGCAAAAGCAUUGAAAUAUAAUUUCAUAUUUUUACAUUACCAUGCCCCAUUUGGGACUCCAUAUGUCUUUACUUUUUUUUUUUUUUUUUUAGUAUGUAAUAAAAAGUCGAUUUUAUGUAGUCCAGCAGUGUGACCCAUGAAUUUUUAAAUGAACAAAUAUUCCAUCUAGUUAUGCAUAAUAUCAACAGGAUUUGCAAAGUGCUUGCAGUAUAGCACAUCAUGUAGCACAGAUGUAGCUCAGCAACCCACUGAGAUUGAGGGUUUUACACUGAAGAACAUGUCACAGUCAAAAGUAACGCAUUUAAAGACUUGCUGCUAAAUGGGUUUCUAUUCUCAGUCUACCUUUGUACAAUAAAGGAUGGCAGACAGGAUGCUGGUGGUCUUUAAAAAGGUAUGUGGCCCUUCUGAAGAACUCUUUCUAGGUCACAGACAAUCCUUUGCCACAUAUGCAGAUCACAUGCCACACUGACCUAUAGAAGAGCCUGAGACCAACAUUAGUUUUGAUUAGUUUUAGUGCACUGAUAGACGGAAAGAAAAAAAGACAUCAAAAGUUGAAUAUUAUCCUAACUUUUUUAUCAAAGUUUUGGCUUUUUCAAAUAAUCAAACCAAACUUUUGCCCAGGAAAGACAUAGUUCAGCUUCUUCUAUAGAACAAACUAUUUAUUUCACAUAGGUCUUUUCCAUUUAAUCAGUUAAGGCUGGAUAGGCUUACAAUGGAUGAUUGUGCUUUUUUUCUCUUUUUUGACCAUAUGAGCUAAAGUUAUGAACUGUCAUUUAAUGGAAAAGACAGAGGGGAAAAAAAACAAAACCAUUUGAGUUUGGAAGGACAUAAGGCUGGAUGUAAAUGUACAUGGCAGAAUUGUUAUUUCUGGGUGAACUGUAAAUCUUAAAUUUAUUUUGGUAUGCAAAGGUUAUUAAUAACUGCGACAGAAGCUUGUUGCCUGCAAGUGCGCAGAAGACUCAAGAUGAAUAGUUUCCUGUCCAUGAUGUCACCAUCAUAAACCUUUCAGAUACGACUUUAUGCGCAUUGGUUCACCACAAAUGCAUGCGAAUGCUGAUUAACAGACUAAAAAAUUUAUAAAACAUCUAUCCUAUACACAAGUGAGCGUGACAGAAUGAAGGAAUGGAUCAGAAGCAGAGUGAGAUAGUGAGUGAGAUAGACUGUGUGUGUGUGUGUGUGUGUGUGUGUGUGUGUAGGUGGGUGGGAAGUCUUAACCACACUGCAGGACCUUUUUAAAACUGAUGUUCAGCAACAACUUUUUCAAGACAUACUCUCUUGUUGUUCACACCUUCACACACUCUUCUGAGCUUUGCAAGCAUGAGCAGUAACUUUGGCCACCCGUCCCAACCGGUGUUCAUGGUGGAUUCUGGCGGAGGUCAUCCUAAACAGCAACGGUACUACCAGCAGCAGGUGCCCAGACACACAGAGCAUGUGCCCAGACACACAGAGCCACCCCUGGUACCUUGCUGGACGUUCCCCCCUGCCCGAGCGGAGAUGAAGAAAAGGAGCUGGGGAAGGUUGAAUGGUGGGAUGGCCUGGGUACUGACUUUGAUACUCCUGCUGGUUUUUGCAGCCCUGGCACUGGGAGCCUAUCAGAUCCUGAGGUUACAGUCUGAAGUGGAGCGCCUGACACAGGAAAUGCCCGCACAAAUGCAGAGCGUUGCUCCACAGAAACAAGUUGGCCUGAAUCCUGCUGAGCUGAACAAGAACAAAAGAAAAUUUGCUGCACACUUAAUAGGCCGUGCAGACCAGGGCCCAGCAUCUGGAACUCUGAUAUGGGAAAUAAAACAUGGCGAGGUCUUUAUAGAAGGCUUCAAGUACAGCAAUGGCGGCCUCCAGGUCAAUGAAAGCGGUUUGUACUUCGUUUACUCCCGAGUGGAGUUUCUUUCACCCACGUGCAAAUCCGCAGACUAUCACGCUCACAAAAUGAUUCGGCAGAGAGGCGGCCAUACCCAAGUAAUAAUGGAAGAUCACCAAGAGGGUCUCUGUACGCCGGGGACAAACGAGCCGUGGAUGAUGGGAAGCCAUCUAGGCUCCCUUCAGCAUCUCAAGGAGUCCGACUGGCUGUUUGUCAAUGUCUCACACCGCCAUCUGCUCAGCAAAAAUUUUCACAACAAUUAUUUUGGCCUCUUCAAGAUCCACUGAUCAUAGAGGACAACUAGGCGAUGCUUACGAAGGGCAUGAUUGUGAGUUCAGAUAAGGAGAUCAGCAGUCUUUGGACUAUAAUCAACCCUGAGAUCCUUACCGCUUCAUGCAUUCAUUGCAAUGCAUCAAUCAAAUUUAAUUUUGAAUGUAUUAGUUGCCUGUUCUUUUCUUUUAGAAAGUCAUGCAGAAGAAUUUCAGAUUAAAUGAACACUAAUAUGCUUCUGUAUCAGGAGAAGGUAAAUUAAAUAAAAAUAUUUAUGGUCCUUAAAGUCUGAUUGUAUAUUAAUGUGAUCAAUGGUCAUAUUGACUGAAUAAUAUAUCAAUAAUGCCUCAUAAAUGUGGUCAAUAAAACGUUUAAUUGUAAAAAUCUGCUGUUGAUUUCACACUGAAUGUGAAUCGAGGGAAAAUGUCUCACUCUUUGAGGAAAAAUAAUAUUUUGUGGUGAGCUGUUUCCAUGCCCACUAAUAUUUGCAUGUUAUAGUGGGAUGGUUGUUAUUGUGAAAUGAUGCUGAUUUUUGGUUAAAAGUUUCCAGAGCUAUUUAUUUUGAAAAAUCUAAUGUUUCUGUAUUAUGUAUUUCAUUUAACAUAUGGAAAACUUAAUAGUGCUAAUUUGUUAAGAAUACUUACUUACUUAAGAAUUACUUAUAGAUGAACAUGACUCAAUUUAGUUUCUAGUCAGCUGUUUUUGAAUAUCCUCUAUGGACCACAAGGCAACUUUUGCAGGGUUGCGGGUUCAUUCCUCGUCAUUUCUGCAAAGACCCUCAGGUUGGCUUCAUUGCAGUGUUGCUGAGCCACACAUAAAGAUUUAAGGGGUUUUGUGCAUGCAUAACUGUGGUGGUACACUCUGUACUUUUUCAUUUUGUCAUGCUUCCUUCCUGUUUAGGUAUGGUGUUUACAGGGGUCAUAAAGCUUUGAUGAGAAAUGAAAAUGAACCUGCUUUUAUCACUCAUUCAUUCAAUUACUCACGAGACAAAGCGUAAAUUUCUCAGUGUCGCUCUUGGUUGUGAUAUCUUAUUUCUAGCCAUUGAUACAAACUAUUAUGAGACAAGACCUUUCUACUCACAUAGUGUCUGUGCUUUUAAGUAUCUUUUUCAUCUGACCUUCUAGUGAAACUGUGUGUUAUGCAGUACUGUGUGUUUUUGUUUUGUGAAUCUAUUACACCUCAGUAUUCCACUUACUAUGAGGGUGUGUGGAAACAAGGCCUACUCUGUCACCUCCUACAACUCUUUUGGACAGGGAAACACACACGCACACACAGGAAGUGACCACUGGAGAAUCAUCACCCACAAUCCAUCCACUCUCUCAAACUCUGCUUCAGACUAAGUCUAAGGCAAUAUUAGCACAUAUUUUACUAUUUAAAAUUACAACCAAUAAGAACCAUUCCUAAGGCACUGAUUUUGAUUUCAGUACAUUGACAGCCAAUAUGUUGAACCUUGACAAAAAUAUUAAAUAAUUAAAUCAUGUACAAAGGCUUUUAUUUUGCUGUAAAUAAAACUUCAAAUAUUGCCUAAUAUAAAAUAAAAACAAAUAUACUUCUGUACAGUC